AUGACUGACAUCAAACUAAAAAUCAAAGACAUUUUAAGGUUUAACGGGAAUAUAUACACCGUGCAAGCCGAGGAACCUAUUAAUUUAGAAGAAAGAGGGGCCGUAAAUAGUGUUAAUUUUACUUAUGACAAUAAUUUAACCAUUGGCGAAACUAUUACUAUUCACGGAAUUGAUUUAAAUGAUCCGGAAAAUAGCCGGAUAACCACAAAUAAUGGAAUUAGCAAUUGGGAUAUUGGGCGGUUUACGAGAAUUACGCGGUGUUUUGUAGCUAGUGAGGAAAAUAUUCCCUUAGACCAAAGCACACUCUAUCUCAGUAACGAAAGUUUUGAAAAUGUUGUUUUUCCCGCUAUCCGAGAAUAUAUAAGAAACCACCCGGGAGAAUUUAGAUUAGGAGAAGGUAAACACGAAAAUUUUCUGCCCGGAACCGCCCGACCAUGGUGGUCUCCGGAAAUUCCGGGAGACGGAACUGACGCCUCUCCGUGGCAAGAUUGCCAACCAGCCGGAGAAAUUUAUCCGGGUAGACCGCGCACUUACACUAUUGAAAAUGACCUUUGUGGUUAUCAUCGAUGGAUAAAUAGAGGAAACCAAGAUAUUUUGGUAAUUGACCGCGAAGAAGUGGCUAGCCAACGCCGGUUUUUGUCUCGGCUAGAAGCCCAAGCCCACGCGGAACCAAUUAACAUUUUUACCGAACUACAAGAAUUAGUUUUACUGGAUGCUAAUGCUGCCGUAGAAACCAUAAUUCAGCAAGCCGAGCGGAAUAUUAAGCAGGAUAACGAUGAGAGGGAGAAAGUUAGCUCCGAGGAGGGGAAAAAAAUGUCCGACAAGCCUGAACAACCUGUCCCCGCCGAAGUUUUUAGCCACCAAAAGAAUCAAUUAUUAGCCCAAGAAAAAGAAUUAGCCUACCAAAAAAUUGCCCAGUUACUGAAAAAAUAUAACCUAGAAACCGAAAAUUUGGCCCCAGAAUGGCAAAAUUGA